AUGCAGACAGUUCGUCCCGCACGAGGGAAACGCCUUUCAAGGAGGAAAAGACCUAGCACACUGUCUCUUCUUGCUUCACUGACACUAUGCACAAUAUUCUCCGUGAUGUUGUCAGUGGAAGGGUCAUUCCACGAGAGAAGACUGUACGAAGACUUGAUGAGGGACUACAAUAUCCUAGAGAGGCCAGUCGCCAAUCACUCGCAGCCCGUUGUUGUGAAAUUGAAGGUGUCGUUGCAGCAGCUGAUCGAUGUUGAUGAGAAAAAUCAAGUGGUGUAUGUUAACGCGUGGCUGGACUAUGUAAGUUGUGCAAAAACUCUCUGACAUGUUGAGUAAUAGGCUUGGAAUGACUACAAGUUGCGAUGGGACAUCCUCGAGUACGGGAACAUAACGGACGUUCGAUUUCCGGUCGGAAAGAUUUGGAAACCAGGUAAAAAAGAUAUGAGAAAUAUCAGCAAUUAGAGAAGUAUACAGUGGGGGCCUGAUCCAGUGGCAAAAACGUACCAGUUUGCAUCCAAGAAGCGUCAAAAAAUGUGGGAAAAUACCUCCCUCUCCUAAUGAAAAAAAUCCGAUUUCAAAAGCGCGCCCGCUCUUUUUGUGAGGAAAAAGGCGCGCCCUUCAAAAUUGAAUUUUUUUAUUUGGAGAAGGAAGCAUUUUGCCACAUUUGUAAUGCUUCCCGGAUGCAAAAUGGUAGGUUUUUUGCCACUGGAUCAGGUCCCCUACUGUACAUAUGGUAGCAUCUCCAAUUACUUUAUUGACUUUUUUCCAGACGUCCUACUCUAUAACAGUGUAGACUCAAACUUUGACUCAACGUAUCCCUCGAAUAUGAUUGUUUACAACACGGGUGAUGUGUCUUGGAUUCCUCCGGGCAUCUUCAAAAUCUCUUGUAAAAUCGACAUCAAAUGGUUUCCCUUCGACGAGCAGCGGUGCUUCUUCAAGUUCGGGUCGUGGACGUACGGCGGACGAAUGGUUGACCUGCAACCCGCCGAAGGGGGAUUUGAUAUCAGCGAAUAUCUGCCCAACGGCGAAUGGGCUCUUCCGAGUGAGUUGUGGCGAGAGCUUGUCAUAUCGCAUUUUAGUGACCAGUGUUUCUCGUACCGAGAAGUUCUACGAGUGUUGCCCGGAUGAGCCCUAUCCGGACGUCACGUUCUUCCUGCACAUGCGUCGGCGUACUCUCUACUACGGGUUUAACUUGAUCAUGCCAUGCAUUUUGACGACCAUGAUGACUUUACUGGGCUUCACGUUACCGCCGGAUGCGGGAGAGAAAAUCACACUUCGUAAGUAUCGCUGUUAUCCCUUUAGAGUGACACUACAGUAGGUACGACAGUAAUUGAUUGUGUUUCAGAAAUCACUGUUCUCCUGUCGAUUUGUUUCUUCUUGAGUAUGCUAUCCGAGAUGUCUCCACCGACAUCGGAAGCCGUCCCUCUUCUAGGUAUCUUCUUUUCGAGCUGUAUGAUCGUGGUAACAGCAUCUACGGUAUUCACAGUCUACGUGCUCAACCUUCAUUACCGCACGCCCGAGACUCAUGAGAUGUCGCCGAUGGUAAAAUACGCACAUUUUUUCCCAUCCUAAAUGUAUAUUUCAGGCUCGAACAAUCUUAUUAUACUGGCUUCCCUAUUUCCUUCGAAUCGAAAGACCAGGAAUAUUCCUGACUUGGGAAACGUUACCUUCGAUUUUACCAUGGUCAAAGCCGAAGAGGCACAGCGAAUCACUUAUUCGAAAUAUUAAACAGGUGGAGGAUGGGACAAGGUAAGAAAUAUGGGUGACACUUGAACCAAAUGUUUCAGGAAUUCGAUUGAUAUUGAGAGGCAUGUUGUGAAUCAAUUCUUCAACGUCCUCAGUAACGGCGGACUCAACGGCAUCAAGCCGAUGAAGAAUGGAGGCCCGAGUGCUCAGCUGAGCAUGGAGAGCACGGCUUUGAGUGGAUCUCCCCUUUCCGACCAAGGCAAUGCGGCAGCCCUGCAGCUGCUUCAACGAAUACAUUCGGAGCUCAAGGUAGGUUUCCAUUAUUUAUAAAGCAUUAGUCAAUUCGACGUGAAAGUGAGAUCGAUCUUGGGCACUUCGUAUUAUUUAUUUGACAGAGAAAACAGACAAAAAGCACGUAAAAUUUACUUUCUAGCCCAAAAAUUUCCCCAUUUCUUUUCCGACAUUGAGACUUUUUGCGAUUUUGGCGGCGAGUUUUCCUUCUUUUCACCGAGAGAUUCCAGCGCGUCUCAGUUUGGCGUGCAACACUGUUCCCUUGAUUCUUGAAUCGAUGCGUUUCCAUCAGUCUGUAGAGAAAAUAGUAAGCACCAUCUCGCUGUGCCAAUCGCAUCUCUGAAAUGAAAAGCCAUUUGAACUUGUUGCGGCACAAUUCAAUUUCCCAGCGGCUUUGCGAGUUUCGAUGCGACAGAGUGCUUAUUAUUUUCCCGACGGACGAAAAAUCUAACCUGCGCACACAACGGCCCUCUUUCCAGGUGAUAACCAAACGGAUGAUGGAGGAAGAACGGGAGGAGAACCAAGCCACCAACUGGAAGUUCGCAGCGAUGGUUGUCGAUCGUCUCUGUUUAUAUAUCUUCACAAUCUUUAUCAUCGCAACCAUUGCCGGCGUAAUGAUGGCAGCGCCAUAUUUGAUUGCCUAA